AUGACGACGCAAGCUCCUUCCCAGCAACAACAGUCGCGCCUUCUAAGCCUUCCUCGGGAACUCCGCGAUGAGAUCUACACCUAUUACCUACAAGAGCCUGGAGGCUACGUUCACUCCCCAACCACCAACAAGCUUCGGCGUUACGAUGGCCAGAUCAUCGAUUUCAGCUUGAUGUGGACCUGCAAGAUGGUCGCUAGCGAGAUGCGAGAUCUGCCGCUCAGGGUGAAUGAAGUGGUUUUCAAGCCUUUCCAGGAGAUCAAGGUCUCGCGUGAAGGUUCCGAUAUCUGGGACGAGUGGUCGCAGGCUGGCAAGUACGACUUCUUGUUGGAACCUCUGGAGCAGCUCACGAAAGAAGUGUCCGAGCAGUAUCCCGACAGCUGUAUCGGCGACCUCCUCAUUCGGAUCUCCAAGUACGAAGACGAAGAUUAUACUUUCCGGAACGGCUCAGAUCACGAAGCUGCUGUAUAG